CCUUCACGAUCAGCGACGGAGAAGAGAUCGAAGCGAAGCGAACUUCCUUUCCUAUCCGAACCGUGUGACGCCAAUUCGAACGCCACGUUUGUGGUCUAGUGCAUUAAUAUAGUUAUCGACCUAAACGCGAAACAAAAAACGACAACUCGAAACCUCGAACAUUUUGGAGUGUAGUGCCCGGCCAAACCGCGCCAUCUUCAGCAGCUACUCAACCGAAGCGUCGGCAGCACGAAAAGCUCCAAACUGUCGUCGACUUCCACGUCCUCCUCGAGCACGACCACGAGCCAUGUGGCUCAGAGCACGUCCUCCUCCACGCAGCGGAUGUCCUCACUAAAGUCGUCGGCGGCCGCCGUCAAGCAGGGCCUGGGCGAGAUGCAGAACUCGAUCGCCGAGAUGAAGAACAUGAUGGGCCACAACAGUACCAGCUCGUCCUCCACCACCACCUCCACGUCUUCGUCCUCCACGCAGCAGAGCUCGUCGUCCUCCGUGUCGUCCACCAAAAUCGCCAACCACAACCACCAGUCGCGGAAGCUCUCGAACGCCCUGUCGAGCACCUCGUCCAAAAUCAGCGAUCUCCAGAAGCGGUUACGCUCGUCCAUGGACAGUCUCGACGAUCCGCAGGGCCAGGACCCGCUGGUGACGUUCCCCGACUCGGAGACGGACGACGAUCUGUCGAGCAUGGCGUCGGCCCUGCGGCCGAUGAACGGCGGCACGAACGGGGCUGCCGGGCCCCUCGUACCGAACGGUCACGGUGGGGGGGCCCUCGCGGUGAACGGAGGGGCCGGCUGCGGCACGAUCGAGUCGGUCAAGUACGAGGAGAAGAAAACGACGUCCGAGUCGAAGACGAAGGUGGUCAAGGAUGGGUUCAGCAGCGAGCAGGCCACGCUCGCGUCGGCCGAAUCGAAGAAGCUGCACGCCGGCGACCUGCAGUAUCAGGAGCAGGCGGCCCUCGCCGCCAUGAGCACCCGGACGGAGGUGGACGGCGUGACGGCGGAGGAGAAGGGCGCCAUACUGAAGGAGGCCCGCUCGAUGAAGAUGGGUGACUUCCAGCAGGCCGAAGCGAACAACAUAGCGGCCCACAGUCGGAAGGUGCAGAGCGAUCACUUCAGUGCGGAAAACAAGGCGAUAUCACAGGCACAACAGAAGCAAACCGUAACGGCGGGCGGCAUCUUCAACCAGGAGAAGCACAUUUCGUCCUCGACGCAAUCCUCGUUCACGAUGUCAAACACGAGCACGAUCAGUGCGUCGUCGGCGCAGAUGAGCACCCUGUCUUCGUCCUCCACGCGAAACGGUAUGCUGCUGCAGGACCAGCAGGAUGGUAUGCUGGCGUUCGAGGAUCUCGAGCGGCUCGGUAGCUGCCCGGACGAGAUCGAAGGCACGAUCUCCAAGUACUCGACCCACCUGGAACGGUACGUGCAGAGUCUGCAGCAGACGGAGCCCCUCAAGCGAGCGCCCACCAUGUUGAACCAGAUGAACGAGAUCAUCCGGCGGGCUUGGGCCGUCCCAACGCAUGGCCACGAGCUAGGGGCGACCCUUUGUGACACCCUGCGCAACACCGGCGGGCUCGAUCUGCUGAUGCGGAACUGUGUCGACAACGACUCGGAGGUCCAGUUCUCGUCGGCCCGGCUACUCGAGCAGUGUCUGACCACCGAGAACCGGACGCACGUGGUGAAGAACGGGCUGGACAAGGUGGUGAACGUGGCGUGCGUUUGCACGCGCAACAACGCGACCGAUCAUUCGCGGGUCGGCACCGGCAUCCUGGAGCACCUGUUCAAGCACAGCGAGGACACGUGCUCGAACGUGAUCCGGCUCGGUGGGCUCGACGCCGUGCUGUUCGAGUGCCGCAAGAACGACGUGGAAACGCUGCGGCAUUGUGCCGGAGCCCUGGCCAACCUCUCGCUGUAUGGUGGGGCCGAGAACCAGGAGGCGAUGAUCAACCGGAAGGUGCCGUCGUGGCUGUUCCCGCUGGCGUUCCACAACGACGAGAACAUCAAGUACUACGCGUGCCUGGCGAUCGUGGUGCUGGUCGCGAACAAGGAGAUCGAGGCGGAGGUGAUCAAAUCGGGCACCCUCAACCUGGUGGAGCCGUUCGUGACGACGCACAACCCGUCGGACUUUGCCAAGUCGAACCUGGCGCACGCGCACGGCCAGAGCAAACACUGGCUGCAGCGGCUGGUGCCGGUGCUGAGCUCGAAGCGCGAGGAAGCGCGCAACCUGGCCGCGUUCCACUUCUGCAUGGAGGCGGGCAUCAAGAAGGAGCAGGGCAACACGAACAUCUUCAAGGACAUCGGUGCGAUCGAGCCGCUCAUCCGGGUGGCCAGCUCCCCGAACGCGAUCGCUUCGAAGUUUGCGGCCCAAGCGCUGCGGCUGAUCGGCGAAGAGGUACCCCACAAGCUGUCCCAACAGGUCCCGCUCUGGUCGACGGAGGACGUCCGCGAGUGGGUGAAGCAGAUCGGGUUCAGCGAGUACGAGCAGCACUUCUACGACUCGAAGGUCGACGGAGAUCUGCUGCUGCAGCUGCAGGAACCGAACCUGCGGGACGACAUCGGCAUCAAGAACGGGAUCCAGCGGAUCCGGUUCGAGCGGGAGCUGCAGAACCUGAAGAAAAUGGCCGACUACAGUUCGCGUGACCCGGAUGGACUGCAUAGCUUCCUGAACCGGAUCGGACCGGAGUACACGAUCUACACGUACGCGCUGCUGAACGCGGGCGUUGAUCUCGAGUCGCUGCGCGAUCUGGACGAGGAUCAGCUGAUCUCGCCCUGUGGCAUCCGGAACUCGAUCCACCGGGCACGCAUCCUGAACGUGAUCAAGCUGAGCGAUUCGAUCCCGGCGUUCCGGUCGGAGCAGAGCAGUGAGAAGAGCCUGGAUGUGUUCGUGAGCUACCGGAGGAGUAACGGAUCGCAGCUUGCGAGCCUGUUGAAGGUGCACCUGGAGCUGCGCGGGUUCUCCGUGUUCAUCGACGUCGAGCGGCUGGAGGCGGGCAAGUUCGACAACAAUCUGCUGCAGAGUAUCCGGCACGCGAAGCACUUCCUGUUGGUGCUGACCCCCGAGGCGCUUGACCGCUGCCUGGACGAUGCCGAGGGCAAGGACUGGGUGCACCGGGAAAUCGUAGCGGCGCUCAACUCCGAGUGCAACAUCAUUCCGAUCAUCGAUAACUUCCAGUGGCCGGAACCGGAGAAGCUGCCCGAGGAUAUGCGGGGCGUGUGCCACUUCAAUGGCGUGCGCUGGAUCCAUGACUACCAGGACGCGUGCGUGGACAAACUGGAGAGGUACAUUCGAAAUACCAUUAAUCAUAACAGUCGAGCCAACUCCGCGCGCUAAGAGCUAAACGGCCGUUGUUGCGUUGUGCUAAACCUCCGUGUGACCUCCUCACCCGUGGGCAGGUUGGUCGUGCUUGUGUGUUUGUGUGUGAAACUGGACACUUCAAACGAAACGGGAUGCGGUGCUUACGAAGCCCUUUUGACUAUUGCUUAUCGCUGCUUGUGAAGUGUACAUGUCGGUGUGCAGGGACACCAGCAGGGAUCAUCCUGUGUGUGGCUGGCUCGCGAAACACUCCUUUCGUCUCGACUUCCGCUUCUUCUUCUGCUUCGGGCCGUUAAGAACUCUGAAACACAAAACAACAGAACCACCACCACCACCGAGAAAACCGAAUCGAGCAAAGUAUCGACGCGACGCGACACACCCGAAACCGGAACCGGAAACGGAACCAGGAC